AAAAUAACGAAAGCGGGGAGAGAACAGCUAACAUUAGCGCCUCCUUUUCUUCGGAUGUGUAAUUUGCCAAGUCACCAAAAUUUAGCCAGAAAUGUCUUGCUCUCUGCAAUUCUGGUUCCCUGUUACACCACCAGCUCCUGAAUCUUCCACGAGAAAGAGAGCUCGCCGUCUUCAAAUUCUCUAUUCUUCUCUUCAAUCCAAUCUUCAAAGCGGAGAAGAUGAGGCUAACAACUGCAGGGGUCAGUUCGAACCGAAUGUGAUUAUAGAGAGAUAUGCUAAUGGAUCUUCUAGAAGGUAUAUAUUAGAUGAUGACUUGCAAUUAAAAAGUUUCCUUGAAGAACAUGAUGCCAAAAAUAGUAGGUUACAAGAAUCAAAUUCAUUGGACACAAAACUGUCAUGGGUUCCAUAUUCAAUCAAAGGUUUUGUUCUACCUGAAGGCUUCCCAGGAUCAGUUUCAGAUGAUUAUUUGCAGUACAUGUUGUUACAGUUCCCUACCAACGUCACUGGAUGGAUCUGUCACACGUUAGUAACAUCAAGUCUCCUCAAGGCUGUUGGCAUUGGCUCUUUCACAGGUGCUACAGCUGCCGCUUCUGCUGCUGCAAUCAGAUGGGUGUCAAAGGAUGGCAUUGGAGCUCUAGGGCGCCUAUUCAUCGGUGGACGUUUUGGAAAUCUUUUUGAUGAUGAUCCAAAACAAUGGCGCAUGUAUGCAGACUUCAUUGGCAGUGCAGGGAGCAUAUUUGAUCUCAUCACCCAAGUGUAUCCUGCUUAUUUCCUGCCACUGGCUUCUCUUGGAAAUCUUACAAAGGCUGUGGCAAGAGGCCUAAAAGACCCUUCCUUUCGUGUAAUUCAGUACCAUUUUGCAAUCUCAGGAAAUCUGGGGGAGGUAGCUGCAAAGGAGGAAGUUUGGGAAGUAGGUGCUCAAUUGUUUGGCCUUGCAUUGGGCAUACUGAUGCUGGAGACACCUGGCCUUGUAAAAUCUUUUCCAGCGUUGGCAUUAACAUGGAUGAGCAUGCGGCUUCUGCACCUUUGGCUACGUUAUCUAUCACUUUCAGUUCUACAGUUUGACACAAUAAAUCUCAAGCGUGCUCGUUUACUGGUGAAGUCACAUAUUUCGCACUCUGCUGUUUUGGGAUGUGUUGAAUGCAAUCGGGAAGAAAAUAUUUUGUUAUGGGAAACAUUCAUUAAGCCGCGAAUUACUUUUGGGGUGCCCUUGGAGGAGAUGGUUGGCAGUGAGAGAUCUGUUGCCAAGGUGAAGACACUUCUAAAACUAUAUGCAAAGGAGAAAUAUUUGCUUACGGUAAACCAACAAAAAAGGGACUUCGAGGUGCUCAUCUCAUUCAAGGUUGGAGCUACAAGUAUGUCUGUCUUGCGAAGUGUGUGGCAGACUUACUGGCUACAUGAGAACUGGGAAAGCUCUGUUGACGUCUUUGAUCAGCUUGCACAAAGUCUACUAGAGAUGGAAGUUAGGUUUGAAGACUUCAUACGACAGUUAGAUGUAGCUGGAUGGCGUACUCAUCAAAUAAAUAUCAAGGUCCCUAGGGAAAUCUCCAUUGAUGAACUGGGCACUAUUUGAUGUGCAAAUGUCUGUGAUCGUCAUUGCAACCAUCUCAAGCUACCUUCGGCACUUGAAAUUAGUAUGGGCUUGCAGAAAAACCAAACAUGCUUUGAGCAUUGUCCCUUCUAUUGGGAAGAAGGUCGAGCUUCAUGUGCCAACUGCCAACCUAGUAAACAAUGAAGAAGCCAAGAUAGCAUGCCAUAUUUGCUGGAGGAAACGUUCAAAUUUGCAGACUGUAGGUAAGUUUCUAUUCUAAAAUGCCUUGACAGCCAGCGAAGGCUGGUAGAAAGCGCACAGUUAAGUCUCGGGGCAUCAGAACUGAUGAAAUUUUGUAAAUUAUUAGACAAUUUUUGUUUUAUGAACUUAGAUGUUUUAUUUCAUAAUAUCAUCAGUUGCACCUUUUUCUAUAA